GUUCGGCGUGCAGUCGGGGAGAGGGAAAGCGGUGUCUGGGAAAACGGCAGCCACCCCCCGAACGGCCGGGUUCCUCGACUCCGGGGGGGGUUCCGUCGGACCCGGCGGAGAAGCCGCAGCGAUGCCUCGCUUCCGUCGGAUCCGGGCUCCGCCUCGUACCCGGAGGAGGCGUCCGCGAUCGAGGUCCCGCCGGGGCUCCGAGGAGUUGGUGGCUCGGGAUCGACGGGGCGAGGCGUCACGGUCGGCUCGACCGCGGUGGUCGGCGUUUCGGGGGGAAAGGGGCUAAACCGUCGGCCGUGUUCUUCCCCCUCUUCUUCCUGCCGAAAAAAAAGAAAACCCUACAAAAUAAACUUCAGGUUUUCGACCCUUUCCCACCCCUCCAUCUCCAGCCGUGAGAACCGCCGUCCCCGGAGACCGAAGCAUCUGGCGACGGACGAGGAACUCGGCGGGCGGGACGGGGAACCCGGCCCCCGACCCUCGCCGACGCGCGUUCAUUUUUCGAGGCCGGUCUCCUCGGGUGUCGGCCCGGAGGGGCGGAGGAUGUCCGGCGACGAUACAUCCACGUCGGAGCGAUGCUCCGGCCUCCUCCGCCGGGCACCCGGAGGAGGUCUUGGCGAGGAGUCCCGGGUUUUUGGCGGCAUCCCUUCCGGCUCCCCAUCUCGCCGACUCGGGGAGGAGCCCGGUGGCGCCUGGCUCACGCCGCUCCGACCGAGGGUGGAAUCCGACCGGCCGUUUCUCUCCAAACGGGUGCCGUUCGAUGCAUCGCCCUGGCCUCGAAGAUCAUCCUCCUGCAGCAUGGGCACGGUCGGGUCGAUCCCCAGGCUUGCCCCGGCAGUGAGAGAUGGAACCGUUGACCGUGUUGCCUUCGCAGACUUUGAGACCACUGAUGCACCUAGAGACAUUAGUGUCUGGCGAUUUUAGACGCGGACUUCAUCUGUGGAGAGAACCGGUCCCCUCUGAGGGCAAGGUGAAAAACCCAAACCUUCAGGAUCCCCGAUCUGGGCAUCGCUCCCGAGGUUUCGGAUGCGCGUCGAUGAGGACUGGUGAAGGAGCUACAAUUAUAUCUCCUCUCCAUUGGAGCGAUGCUUUGGGAUCCUAUUUUGUGUUGCCAGAAGAGGUCUCGGCGGCGAGCGUCUCACCCCCCGCCCCGACCCCUACCCUCGCCGUCUUUGAACUGGUCACGCUUAUCAUCCAUCUCGUUCUCCUCCUCGUUCUCCCCUCAUCUGCCCCGUCCCCCGGGUCCGCCCAGCCGCACCGCACCCCCCCCCGUCCUCAUCCUCACCGACGUCCUCCCCCUCAUCCUCGCUAGAGUUCUCCUCAUCGGCAUCGUCGUUGUCAUCCCCCUCCUC